AUUAAUCAGUUCAUCAUUUCGAUUAAGGGAAAACACAUAAUGAAUGAAGUUGUCUUUAAAAUUUAUGAAAUUAAUCAUAAAAUCACCUCAUUUUUAUAUUUCAGUCAGAGUUAUCAACAACAAUUUAUACGACACCUAUUAAAACGAUGAAUACAGAAGUAACGAGAAAAAAAGUGUUGGGAAAAUACUCUAUUGUAUCAUCUCAAAGUCAAGAUUAUUCAUCUGAUAAUUUUGAUGUUAAUAUUAAUCUACAAUAUAUUAAUAAUACAUACAAUUUAGUUCAUUGUGAUAUCAAUAAGAUAAAACAAAUGUAUCCAGAUAAUCUAAAGAAAAUAUGUUUUUAUGACAAAUACAAACCAUAUUGAGAAUUUUCGAAUUUUUAUAAUGCACCAUUUAAUGUUAAUGGAAUAGAUUAUUAUACAUCUGAACAUUAUUUUCAAUCAAAAAAAUUCCAAUAUUAGCCUAAUAAUGAGUUUGUUAAGGAAAAAUUAAAUGAAUUAUAUAAGAAAAUAUUAGAAUCUCCGCCACCUUCACAUGCCUUCCGUUUAGUUAGAGAAUAUAAAGAAUAUGCCGAUCCCGAAUGGAAUAAAGAAAUUAAAACUAAUCUAUUGAAAAAAGAUCUUAUUAUGAAAAGGCAAUUUAUCAUAAAUUUUUAUUUUAACCAGAAUUAAAAGCUUUAUUAUUAAAUACGGGUGACACAAUAUUAAUUGAAGAUUCACCAACUGAUUUAUAUUGGGGAAUUGAUGGUAAACAGAAUGAAUCUGGUAGAAAUAGAUUAGGUGAAUUAUUGAUGGAAUUAAGAAAUGAUUUCAGAAAUAAUAAAUAG